AUGACGACCCCGACGGCAGCCCGACCCAUUGUCAACUUCAUCACCGGCAACGCCAACAAGCUGGGCGAAGUCAAGGCGAUUCUGGAGCCGGCCAUCCAAGUCGAGAGCCGGUCGCUCGACCUGAUCGAGAUCCAGGGGACUCUCGAGGAGGUAACGCUCGACAAGUGCCGGCGGGCUGCCGACCUGAUCGGAGGCCCCGUUCUGGUGGAAGACACAUGCCUGUGCUUCAACGCGCUGAACGGCCUGCCGGGGCCGUACAUAAAAUGGUUCAUGAAAUCCAUCGGCCACGCGGGCCUCAACAACCUGCUGGCGGCCUACGAGGACAAGUCGGCCCGGGCCGUCUGCACGUUCGCCUACUCGGCCGGGCCGGGCCACGAGCCGAUCCUCUUCCAGGGGAUCACGGAGGGGAAGAUCGUGCCGGCGAGGGGGGCCGGGAAUUUCGGCUGGGAUCCGGUGUUUGAGUACGAGGGCAAGACUUAUGCCGAGAUGGACAAGGCCGAAAAGAACAAGAUUUCGCACCGCGGGCGGGCGCUGGCAAAACUCCAGGAAUGGUUUGCGAAGCAAAUGACGGCUUGA